AUGCUACUUAUUUCUCACGGUGCAGAUCUUAAUGUAUCAAAUGAUCGUGGUAACAUACCACUUCAUUUUGCUGUCAAAAAUAAUAAUAUGCAAUUAGUUCAAUUUCUUCUUUCGCAUGGCGCAUUUGUAGAUUCAAAAACCAACAAACAGAAAACUCCUCUCCAUCGUGCCGCAAAGAAAUCAAAAGAAAUGGUAGAACUUCUCAUCAAACAUGGCGCAAAUAUAAAUGAAACUGCACAUGAUUUCAAAACUCCACUUUAUUAUGCCAUAUCAAAAAUAAACAAGAAAUAA